AUGAGAAUGAUGGGAAACCCUACGUUCGCACAAAAUGUAGCAACAAUAUCAAGUCAUCUCAUAAUCUCCAAGGCAAUGGUCCAAAACGAGCACUGUUCAAAACAGUUAAGGACGUUGGUGGUGUUUCCAAAUGUGAAAGUGAAGGAUCCCUGCCACGAAAUACACGGCAUGCAGAUGCGUUAUUUAAAGAAGAGUGUAGAUAAAGAACAGUCAGCGCAGUCAAGAAAUCCCCUAGUUUCAGUCAUUGAAUUGCAAAAGUCUGUUCUUCCUGGAUUUGUUCGUGAAAUUACCUGCAACAACCUACCAACAUUUAUACUAUUCACAGAUCAGCAAAUUGACAAUAUAGUUAGAUUCUGCUGUUCGAAAAACAAAGGUUUUGUAUCCGAGCUUGGCGUAGAUUUGAUAUUCCAGCUUGGGCCUUUUUAUUUGCUUGUCACAACAUUCAAGGAUACACUUUUAAAGGUAAAAGGAAGUGAACACAGUCCAACAUUUGUAGGUCCGAUGAUGAUCUGCAUGACAAAGGAUCAACAAACAUACUUAUCAUUUGUUCAUCGGUUGGUGAGGGAAGUCCCUGGUCUAUCGAAAUUCUUACACGCAUAUGGAACGGACAGUGAAGACGCUCUCACAAAUGCCCUUGCGGCAGGAUUUCCAUCAUCGGCUCAUCUUCUUUGUUAUAUUCAUUGCAAGAAAAAUGUCCAAGAGAAAUGCAAGCAAAUUGCAAACUGUUUAGAUCUGUUUGGACGGCAUGGCCUAUUGUGGUGUCAGUCAAGCGAAUUAUUUGUGAAGCAGACAACGCAACUGGUGGAGAAGUGGGACGCACUCGAAUCCAAUGAACGAAAGUGCGAUCCACAGUUCCCAUCUUACUUCUUGUGAUACAGGAAGCAAGACAUGAAGAGCAAGAUGUGCAGGUUCGUAUGAUAGAAAACAUGUAUAAACUAAAACAGUCUAAUUCUUAUUCAUAUACCGUAAUUUUUAACCGAACUAGCCAGUACUCUCCUGACGAAGGGCCUUUUUUCGAAAUGUCGAGAAUUAUAUUUUUGUCUUUGUGAACGUGGAUGUCGUGAAGUACAACCGAAGCUUUUAGUCUUCGCCGCAGCCAACUCGUCACCCCAAAGUUUUAAAUUUCACUUUUUAUUUCGUUUGUCAAUAAAUUAUCCCCCAACGAAAUACUAGCUAAAGAAAGCUUGCCCAAGAAAAUGAAGUCGAUUGGUAAUAUUAAAUUUAUCUUUCGAGUUUUUAUCGUUCAGUCGUGUUUUCCAUAUAACGUGUCUUUAUUAAGCCGGUUGCACUUUGUGUAGAUUCGUUGUCAGUAAUCUUGGCCUUGGCGACGCUCAGUAUACUCAGAAUGUUGUGGAAAGUGCAAAUGACCUCAUCAAGGACUGGAUGAACUUCACAGCACAAGACAUGGACAAGCUAAUCAUGUCUCUGUACGAGUUAAUUGGAAGUUUUGACGAAGAGGAAGAACUUGCCUGGUUUGGGUUAUCUGAGAAGUGGGAAGUAAGAGCUGAGUACCAGCAUCUUCGCCCCAAGGGUUUCAGUAAUAUGACGCCAGAUCAAAGGCAAGGAGAAAUCACCAAGAUGAGAAAGAUCCGUCCAGAUGCUACUGCAUAUAACAAUUGCAAAUCCUUCAAAUUCAGUAGUCCUCAAGCAUCAGAACAGGUCAGUGGUUCUUUUAUAAGUUUGAUAUUGUUUGAACACAGUCAAGACAUUUGUGGGGAGAGCUUUAUCAUUGUAUUUAAAAACAACUCUUUAGUCAAGACAGCUUUCGGAUGGCAACCUGACCUCUAUAGUUAUUUCUCUUUACUCAAGACAGCUUGCGGAUGGCAACCUGACCUCUAUAGUUAUUUUUAGUUUAUCCGUAAUGACACAAUUUCGUCAAAAAUUGCUUUGUAGAAAGAUUUUACAAAAAACAAGCUUAACAAUUUCGAUUUUUCUGCCAUGUACUAGAUUGGAUAAAUUUCUAGUAAUUGAGAGUUUAUCUCUGUGGUCAGUCGCGUAUUUACUUAUUAUGUUAUAAAUGUAUAUGUUUGUAUAGUCUGGCGAAUCUUAUAAAUAAAUAAAUAAAUAAAUAAAUUGUUUAUUCCCUGUAACGGACUAGUUCUCUUUUGUGUUUCGAGAGUUUAUCUUUCUCUGGUUUUGCUCCCUCAAAAACUAACCCUCAAGGCCCGGUCACAAUACAGAACGAUAACGAUACGAUAACUUGUAAAUAGGAGAUAAUUGGCAAAAAAAAAUCGUGUUAGUGUCUACACUACAACGGAAAUGAUAAAAUUAUUGUUUGACGAUAACGAUUUUAAAAUCGCUCACCUGAGCGAUUUUUUUUAAGUCGGGCGAUAACGAUAAAUUUUGACCAAUCAGCACGCGUAUACAAGUUAUCGUUAUUGUUGUGUAGUGUGACCUGGACUUUAGACUUUGGCUAGAAUAAAUUAGACAAUCACACCCUGUCUAAUCAUCAUUAAAUGUCCCAUCAAUUUCUUUUAAUUGUGUAUCGUCUCUUUGGAUUUCAUGUGCGAAGGGACGCCCAGAUCAAUCUACAUCAAUCAUCCAACCACACAUCCUUCAGCCUCUAACUAGACAUUUUAGUGAAGAAGAAGUCAGUGGGAUAAAAACCAAAGCUGAAGCGCUUCUUCAAAGCAACAAAUUCAGAGAAGGGUUCCAAGAUGGAGUUUAUUUUGUGGACAGUGGAGAGAGUAUUCCAUACAAGGUAACCUGUUUCAAAAGCGGAAAAACAAUAUGUGGGUGUUCAUAUUAUUCAAGAAACAGUAUUUGUUGUCACUCCGUGGCGAUUGCCAAACACAAAGAAAGGAUGCCUGGCCUCUUAAAGAAUUUUCCUGGAAGGAACCUGAAUAAUGUGGCAGCAACUUCAGCUCCAAAGAGUGUCGGCUCGAAAAAGCCUUCUCGUCCAUCUAGGAAACGGCGACUUGAACCACUUGCCGUCGAAACGCUUCCUCCAUCCAGACGUUCUACGGCCAACAACGAAUCAUCGACAAAUUUUUCG